AUGCUCCUCCGGCUCACCGCUCUGCGCUCUGCGCGCCCCUCGCUCUCGCGCGCUAGCUUCCGCGCGCUCUCGACGACCCAGGCUGACCGUCCUUUGGCCGGUAUCAAGGUCGUGGACCUCACGCGCGUGCUCGCCGGCCCGACCGCGACCAUGUUCCUCAUCGAAUCGCCUACCGGCGACGACACCCGGUCCUGGGCUCCUCCCACCGCGCCGAAGAAUGAGAACGGACCCCGCCCCGACCUCCCCGCUGAGAGCGCCUACUUCCUCCAGGCCAACCGUAACAAGCGCUCCAUUGUUAUGAACCUCCGUGCGAAGGAGGCGCAGGACGCGAUGCACAAGAUGAUCAAGGACGCGGACGUCUUUGUCGAGAACUACGUUCCGGGUAAGCUGGCCAAGUUCGGUCUCGACUGGGAGACGCUGCACAAGAUCAACCCGCGCCUGAUCUACUGCUCUGUCACCGGCUACGGCUCGACUGGGCCAUACGCCAAGAACCCCGGCUACGACGUCGUCAUUGAGGCCGAGGCUGGUCUCAUGCAUAUCACGGGAGAGCGCGGCGGUACCCCUGUCAAGAUCGCCUCUCUCGCGAACAUCGGCUCCAACUACCUGAUCGGCGGUCAGGAGGCGAGCCGCUGGGGAACAGCGCACCCCUCCAUCGUGCCGUACCAGGUCUUCCCGACCGGUGACGGAUGGAUCAUGGUGGCGGCCGGCAACGACGGACAGUUCAAGCUUCUCUGCAACAACGUGCUCGACAAGCCUGAGUGGGUCACCGACGAGCGCUUCGCUGUCAACGCCGCCCGCGUCAAGAACCGCGACACCCUCGUGCCCCUCAUCAGCGAGGUGCUCAAGCAGAAGUCGACGCAGGACUGGGUCGAGAAGCUCACCGGCAAGGGACUGCCCUUUGCCCCCAUCAACAACAUCGGACAGACGUUCAACCACCCCCAGGCCAAGGCUCGCGGUGUUGUCGAGGAGGUCGAGGCCUACCGUCCCCCGCCGUACCUGGGCGAGCACACCGAGGAGGUGCUCAAGGAGGCCGGCUACACGCCAGAGCAGAUCGAGGACCUGCGCAAGAACGGCGCGAUCGCUUAG